AUGGUGAUACAAUAACAGUACGAGUGACCAUUUGAGACCGUCAGUGAGUGAAAGCGGUUACACGCCUACUCGGAAAAGCAGAUCAUUCAUUUAUACUCUACAAUCAGGUGUUAAAUUAUUCUACCGUGGAUGAUUUAGCCCGCGAUCCCUCUGCAGUAUUUGGACGCCUACUUAAGUGUUUUAAGCGAAAAGAUUAAUAGUUUCUGUGGCACAAUUACCAGCACACUCAGCCAUAGUAUACAAUAGAAAUGGUAUCGUUGAGCAUUUUUCUGCCUCUGGAUCUUUUUCAAACCACCUUUUUUUCUUACACUUGAGCAGGAGCGAGUGGUUUUGGCACAUUAGUAUGCAUGCUCGAGGAGCAACAUGUCUUUGUGCAUGAAUGCUGGGCAGUCAUAACUGAUCUGGGGAAAAACAAGGGGAAACUCCCCCUCGGAAGACUUCUGAACAAUGACCGGACCAAGCGCCACCAGCAGCGGCUCAACGGUCAAGACCAGCAGACACGGUCGGUCCAAGAGCACCAGUACCUACUGUCACACUACCGGUCCGGCGACUGAAUCCACCCCAUCCACUGCCGCGAACAACACCGGCAGGUCUUCCGGUGAAGAAGAUGAGAAAGACGGCGGGGUACCGUUUUUCGUGAACAGGACGGGCUUUCCCAUAGACACUGUCACCUGGGAGAGAAUGUGGUCACACGUCACCAAAGUUCAUCCUGAUGGACAGGAGAUGGUGGAUAGAAUACGAAAUGCAACACACCUCCCUAAACACCCCGUACCAUCGGUUCCAAACUUUAAGCCAUCGAUGUCUGUGCCUGAUUGGCUCCAUGCCGUCCAGAACUACAUGAGAAACUUGCAAUACAACCAUACGGGAACGCAGUUCUUUGAGAUUAAGAAAACCAGACCUCUGAGUGGGUUGAUGGAGACCGCCAGAGAGAUGAUACGAGAAUCACUUCCCAUCAAAUGCCUUGAAGCAGUUAUCCUUGGAAUCUACCUAACCAACGGUCUUACCUCUGUGGAACGGUUCCCCAUCAGCUUUAAGACCCAGUUCUCCGGCCACCACUUCCAUCAUGUGGUGCUGGGCGUUUACUGUAACGGCCGAUAUGGCACUCUGGGUAUGAGUCGACGUACUGACCUUAUGGACAGAUCUCUGAGCUUCCGUACGCUCAGCGAGUUGGUGUUCGACUUUGAGGACUCGUACCGCCGCUACCAGCACACCAUGAAGAAGAUCAAAAUCGGCCUGUAUGUACCCCACAAUCCGCACGUUUUCCAGCCUAUUGAGUGGAAUUAUCUUGUGAUCAACGCUUGCAAGCAGAGCUGUGAGGACAUGCGCAAAGAGCUGGAGAAGCAUGGCCGUGACAUGAGGAUGAAGAUCCUCAAGUCAUCCAGUGCUCAGUCUCCAAUCAAAGAACGAACCCGAGGGAAGUCUUUAUCACCACGCCGCCGAUCAGGCAGCAGUCCCCAAAGACGCCAACAUGCCCACAGAAGAGACAAAUCGCCUGCAGCACUGGACAGAAAGCCGGCGGAGCUCAGCACCCUCAGUGAUGGCUACCAGAUUCGCAUCUGAGACACUAAACAUCUACAGCUUUAUCCUCCACAUGUCCUCCCUCAAUCAGAUCCACAGAUGAUGUUUUUAAACACUAUUUAAUGCACAUUGUGAACUGUACAGCAUAUUAAACAUAUGUAUUGUUGUACUUUAGUGUUAGAGGGAAAUCGGGUGCCCGUUUGGUCUUAACAGAAUAUGAUAAUCCUUUACACGCCAUUUUUUAAAAAAUUUUUAUAUAUAUAUAUUGGAAAGUGUGAAGGAUAUCAAUUUUGCUUUAAAAGGUUUUUUUUUUUUACCCUAGUAAUUGUCAAGCAUUUUAGAAGACAAAACUUUUUGUCUGAAUUGACUGAAAUAUUCAAGCAAAUAAGGAAAAUACUCUGUUUUUGGACCGAAUCUCCACUAGCAGUGAGAGCUGGAGUGUGAAAGGAUUGUGCUUGGCAGAGAGAUGUAAACCUCAGUGCCUCGUGCUGUGCUGCUGGUAGUUUUAGACACUGACCUGCCCGGAGGAGAGAGGACAUGAGCAGUUUUCACCAGAGGCGUAAGGACACAAGAGACCUAAGCUUCAGAGACCUACUCAUUCUGCCCCAAAGAACUGUAUUCAAUCCACUUCAUUUUUUGUUACCUUCAUACAUGAUAUGGAUGGAAUGGACAUGAUUUAUUGACUAAGGUUUGACGUUACCUUACAUUGAAGGCUUUGUACUGUUUUUAUUUUCUUCAGCUGUAGAGAAAGAGUCAAUUUUUUUUAAGUAUUUAAACAUUUCUUUUUCUUGUUUUUACAGGUUUAACCAGAAUAGUAUUGUUUUUUUUUAUCUUUUAAACAGAAUCGCUCAGAGGUGUGAAAGUUGAUGUGCUAUUGAUUGACCCA